UGCAGAAGAAGUCGCUUUGCUUUAUCAAAAAUCAAAAAGAAAGGAAGAUUGGGUAGGCAUAAAAAACCAGCAAAAGUAAGAGAGGGCAGCCAAAAAGACAUACUACUACUACUUUAAAAAGGCAGCAGACAGGCCGCGCCUCUCUCUGCCUUCCCUCUCCUUCUCUCUAUUGGCGGCAAAAACUAAGAGAGACAACUCUCUUACUGUAACUUGUUAUACGAUACGAUGGAAAAUGGUGCGCUGACGAAGAAGCAAGUUCUUCUCUACCACUGUGUUGAGAUGGAGGAAGUUGCUCGCAAAAUUGCUUCUGAAUCUGACUGCAUUCACCUCCAUUCUAUUAACUGGAGGAGUUUCGAGGAUGGUUUUCCAAAUCUCUUCAUAAACAAUGCACACAAUAUCCGUGGGCAGCAUGUUGCUUUUCUGGCAUCGUUCAGCUCACCAGCAGUCAUCUUUGAACAGCUUUCUGUGAUAUUUGCUCUUCCGAGGCUGUUUGUCGCAUCUUUUACGCUUGUAUUGCCAUUCUUUCCAACGGGAUCCUUUGAACGGAUGGAAGAGGAAGGAGAUGUGGCAACUGCAUUUACUAUGGCCAGAAUAUUAUCAAACAUUCCAAUCUCAAGGGGUGGUCCAACCAGUGUAGUCAUCUAUGACAUACAUGCAUUACAGGAGAGGUUUUAUUUUGGAGACCACGUUCUGCCUCUGUUUGAGACUGGGAUCCCGCUGUUGAAGCAACGGCUUCAGCAACUUCCUCAGUCUGAGAAGAUAGUUAUAGCCUUUCCUGAUGAUGGAGCUUGGAAGCGAUUUUACAAGCAAUUGGGUCACUAUCCUGCUGUGAUUUGCACUAAAGUCCGGGAGGGCGAUAAGAGAAUAGUCAGGCUAAAAGAGGGUAAUCCUGCCGGUUGUCAUGUGGUCAUUGUUGAUGACUUGGUCCAAUCUGGAGGUACCCUAAUUGAAUGCCAGAAAGUUUUGGCAGCUCAUGGUGCAGCAAAGGUUAGUGCGUAUGUGACUCACGGAGUUUUCCCUAAGCGAUCAUGGGAGCGUUUUAUUCACAAGGAUGAUGGCUCAGAGAAAGCAUUCACUUACUUUUGGAUCACAGAUUCGUGUCCCCUCACUGUGAAAGCCAUUGUUGAUAAAGCUCCUUUUGAAGUUAUAAGUUUGGCAGGAUCAAUAGCUGAUGCACUUCAAACCUGAGAACUUUGUUUGCUAGGUCAGUUGUAGUGGAAAGGGAACAUGAUCAUUCUUAUGAUUGUUGGAGAGUUUGUGCAAGGAUUUGUAAGAGAAACUUCUAAUGUGCUGAACCCAAUUGUUAUAAAAUAUUUACUUUGUCAAGUGA